GCAAAAGACCUCCUAUUCACAUUAAACUCAAACUUGGAGUCCCCUGAGAUAAUCUGGAAUUCCUCCACUCGAGCAGAACUUUUGAAAUUUGUGGAAGAGCAGCGUGCAAGCCUCAGUUAUCAUGGUUCAUAUGACCUUAACAUGGUUCAUAUGACCUCAAAGAUUCGCAUUCCUUUGUUUAUGAAGCAUUAUCUAAGGAGCUCUAUAUUGGCAAAGUGUACUUGAGAGUCUAUAAUGACCAACCAGAUUUUGAAAUUAGUGAGCCUGAGGACUUCUGUAUUGCCCUUGUUGAUUUUAUAUCACAUCUAGUCCAUAAUGCACCCGCUGCAAGCAUGGAUACUCAUGUUAAUAGUGAUGUAUCCACUGAUGGAUCUGCUGAGCAGCAUUCUUCUGAUGAUUCUUCAGCAUCACUUGAUGGGAAAAGCUUGGAGAGGGAGGAUUUGGAAUUAGUUAAAAAUCUUCAAUACGGUCUGCUAUCCCUUCAGCACUUGUUGACAAAGAAUCCGAAUUUAGCUUCAGUGGUCUCCACAAAGGAGAAGCUAUUGCCCCUUUUUGAAUGCUUUUUUCUUCCUGUUUCUUCAUCAAGCAACAUUCGUCAGCUAUGUCUACUUGUUUUGUCACGGUUGACAACAUAUGCACCUUGUGUGGAAGCAAUGGUCGCGGAUAGCUCUGGUUUGCUUAUUUUAUUACAGUUGCUUCACUCAUCUCCCAGCUGUCGUGAAGGAGCUUUGCAUGUUCUCUAUGCCUUGGCAAGCACGUCGGAGCUAGCUUGGGCAGCUGCAAAGCAUGGACGGGUGGUUUUCAUUCUUGAAGUUCUCUUGCCAAUACAAGAAGAGAUUCCGUUGCAGCAAAGAGCCGCAUCAACUUUGCUAUUAGUGAAGCUUGUUGGCCAGACUAUGCAUGGGCCUAGAGUGGCGAUAACUCUGGCAAGAUUUCUGCCUGAUGGCCUUGUCUCGGUAAUCAGGGAUGGUCCUGGUGAAGCAGUUGUGAUUGCUCUUGAACAAACAACAAAACUCCUGAACUAGUCUGGACUCCAGCAAUGGCUGCAUCGUUGUCUGCACAAAUAGCAACUAUGGCUUCGGAUCUGUACCGUGAACAGGUGAAAGGACGUGUUGUUGAUUGGGAUGUACCUGAGCAGGCUUCUGGCCAACAGGAGAUGAGAAAUGAACCUCAGAUCAUGUUGGAUAUCUUGGUUAUGUGCCCAAAGUUGUGUCUGCAGUAGCCUAUGGAGCAAGCAGAGAAACAAUGGCUUCAGAAACCUAUGUAUCUGUGGAUGGUUCGUCGCAACAAAUUUCACAAACUCCUCAGGAGCGAGUUCGCCUUAGUUGUUUACGUGUUCUACAUCAGUUUGCAGGUAGCACCACCUGUGCAGAAGCUAUGACAGCCACUAGUGUUGGGACACCCCGGGUAGUUCCACUUCUUAUGAAAGCGAUUGGUUGGCAAGGUGGAAGCAUGCUAGCUCUUGAAACCUUAAAGCGUGUUGUAGUUGCAGGGAAUCGAGCAAGAGAUGCACUUGUUGCACAGGGUCUCAAGGUCGGUCUUGUGGAAGUUCUUCUUGGCCUUCUUGAUUGGCGAGCUGGGGGAAGAAAUGGGCUUUGUUCACAGAUGAACUGGAAUAAGUCAGAAGCAGCAAUUGGCCGGGUUCUUGCAAUUAAGGUCUGUACCAUAUCAUGAUUU